UCCCUCUUCUUUUCCAGAUUGCUCAUCUCCAUUCCCAUUCCUAACCCCUCUCUCUCUCUCUCUCUCCCCCUCCCUCUCUCCCUCUCUGGUUGCAGUAUUCAGUUUACCGACCCUUCCAACGCCUUCACGGUCUGAAGUUCCUGAAGUGAAUUCUUGAGAGGGUUCUUUGCGAUUUCCGGUCGACAUGAAGGGGGAAGUUAGGGCGGCGAAGAGAGCCUCUUUCGGCAAGAUAGUAAGAAAGCGUUUGUCUGAUAUCACGAAUUCUCCAUUGGUACACAACAAGAUCCCAAGCGAAGGUCUUAAGCCGGUGCCGUUUUCCUCGGAGAUCACGAAAGACAAUGUAGACCAACUCAUUCAGGAGAACGGGGCAUUGGUGAAGCUUGUUGAAGAGAGAAACAAAAUCAUUGAAUUGAGCGGAGCGGAGCUGCAAAGACUGAGAAUCAGUUACCAGAAGACACAGCUUCAGAACUGGAAUCUCGCUCAAACCAACAGCCAGAUGUUAGCGGAGCUCAACCUAGCAAAGGAUAAGCUUAAGGCAUUUCAGCACGAACUAGCAUGCAAGGAAGCCUUGCUCAAGGCAAAGAAAUUGGAGGUUGAGAGGAACAUGGUGGAAAAGAAUGUAGUGGAGAACGGUCACAUUGAGGCGGAGGCAGUGGAGGGGAAGGAGAAAGCGGGAGAAUCUGUCCACAAACCAAAUGAUAAACAAAAACAAGCUCCAAGCCGGAACAGAAGGCACCAUCAGAGAAGUCAAUCAAUGGGAGUUCCCAGUACAAACAAGCAAGACUUGGAGAAGGAGAAGGCAGAAAAAAAAAGGCGAUGCUUGAGAAGGCAAUCAGCGAGGUUCAUGUCACAGGAGAGGGAGCCUGCAGAGAACUUGUUCGAGAUAGAAGAAGCCAAAUUCCCGAUAACUACCCAUCCAGAAGCAGGUCCAAGUUCUUCUGAUCAGUCAUCUAUGAAGGAAGAUAAAGAAAAUGAUGCUUCAUCCGGGGCCGAUGAAGACAGAAGAUCUUCGGUAGCAAGACCUCUGAGGAGAGCAGCUGAGAAAGUUCAGUCCUACAAAGAGCCUCCGCUGAAUGUAAAGAUGCGGAGAGUGGAAUGAGAACGGAAAACGAAUGCAACACGCAGACAACUAUUGAUAACUCCGGCGUGACAUUGCGUGUAGCACCUAAGUGAGUGGAUCAGUAGCAACUAGCAGUGCUUUUGCUCCCAGAAGUUGUGGCAACUUAACUUCUUGUUUUAUCAUUUUAACGAUCAAUUUCAUAUUCAUCAAAAUCUUCGUCUACAUUCUUCUUCAUCCCGACUUUUGGUCGAGUCUGGUCUGGUUAGACCUGCCUUAUCGUGCAACCUUUCCCAACUUAUAAUGGGGCUAAUGAAGACAGCUUUCAGUUC